CAAUGUUUAUGUGUUUAAAUAAAUAAACAAAGUAACUAUGUUAUAUGUAUGUUUAUGUUCCUUUCGUUAUAAGCUUUUAUUUGACCUAUGAGUUACUGCUAUAUGAUUUAUUAUUCUCAAGUCAUCCUCAAUCUAUUAGUCAUAGUAUCCCACAAUCACAGCCACUUUUGGUUUGAUCUUGUACAAAUAUUAUUUUCUCUUUCAUGGCGUGAUAUGGUUUGAUUUGUUUUUAUAAACGCCCAAUAUGUCUGAUAUAUAUGAUUCGUAUCGCGGAGGGCUGAUAUUAGCGUUCUGGAUUAAACCGGCUGAAUGAAAAAAAAACGAUGGAGUUUGUCAAAGAAAACUCAAGGAAGAUGGGCAAAUAAUGUAUUUCAUGUGUUGUUUUCAUAGUUUACAUUUACAAUAUGUCAUUUUGCAUGAUAGUACAAUAAAUUGAUUUACCCUAUUCAAAUCUUUAUUCAUUACACAUAUACCUGAUAUUAUUUUUAUUCUAGGUCACACAUACUUUAUUGAAUUCAAGUACUGAUCCAUUUCGUUAUGAUAAUGAAGUACCUAUGAAACAAUCAUUUAAAUUAAAUGUAAGUUAUUGGAUUAUUUUUAAUGAACUGUUUUAUAUUCAUCUACAAAUGUAUCAUUAUGUGGAAAAUCUUGUCAAGCAAGUAAGAUGAGGAAAAUUGUUUAUUAUCUUUCAUCCUAUCUAACCUAAAUACUAUCCCAUUUAAUUGGCUCGUUAAUUCACAAACAUUUCAUGGUGAAAUCCUUCUACAAAACAAUUAUGGUCAGAAUCAGUGUUUGCAGAACAUGAUACAAAUAAACAUCUAUGUAACAGUAUGAAAUAACAAAGGUUUCAAAGUAAUAGUAGUAGUGUAGGCACCAAAAACAUAUGCGCCACACAUAUCUCAUUUGAUAUGUGUGAGGGCUGUGAUACUACCCGGGUGCCCAAACCGAAGCAGGUGGUUUCCUUAAGGGGUCACACCCGGAGCCUUCGACCUGAGGGUCUGAUCCACAAGGCAGUGGAGCAUCGUGGAAGCCGGUGACCAACAAUUGGUUCAUACGCCAUUUGUUCCUUCAGGAUACUGGAGCCCAUGUGCACCGUUGGUUUGGAAUGAGAGUUUUUCAACUCCCCUAGAUGGACUCUCCAUGUCCACCAACCUAUUUAAAGCGCCGGACAUUCGCUUUUCGUCCUCUCAAUUUCACAAACGACACCCCCGCGACGAGAAGGCAGUGAGUAGGACGUCCCUGUCAGGGGCUAUAUACGCGUGGCCAUGUGAGAGCAUUUGGAUAGGGAGAGCGGACUCUCCCCACUCUCGGUCGUACCAGGGCAUUUGGGGGUAUAGAUCAAUAAAGUGAAUAAGAGAGGCUCGAAUAACUCAAUUGUAAAAUCUCAUCACAUUGGAUAACUCGAAUCCUAUAAAAAAGCAUUAGUUCUCUCAUGGUUACUUAUACUCUCUGUUGUUGACAAGUAUCUUUAAUUCUUUAAAACGUCUUCCUUUUCAAAGUUUAAAUUUAUAUUUUAUUAUUGUUUAUUAUAAUCUAAAUUAAAGGAUGUUACAUUAACUGAAUUUCGUACACAAUUUUGGAAUAAAUUAGAUAUAGGAUCAGAACCAUAUAAGUAAGUUCACUUCACGUUUUUUUAAAAUGUGUACUUUCAGAAAAUCUUAUGCAAAGGCAAAAGAGUUGAUGAGCUACUAGCGAUUUCACUCGUGGAUAAUAUGGAAAUUUCUCCCAAUUAUGCUUCAUAUGGAUACGUACAUCCCGGUGAUACACAUAGGCAUAGAUGAGCGCGGUUGCUAGUAUGCAUUACAUGGAAUCAUGUAAUACACGGAAAAGUCCACUCAUCUCACGAGUACAUAAAAGCGUAGACGUUUUCGCUUGCAAGUAUACAUUACAUGCACACAGACCACACAUAGGCUGAAACCUAUGCACUCCAUCGGACACAUAUAGAUAUAGAUGCAAUCACUCCAGGCCACAGCUCAGCGGCAUGAAUAUCGAGUACUCAAAUCAGUAUGUAAAUAAGUCGUCAUAGACAAUAUACCCACUUCCCACUCAUACUACAAGCAGUUUUAGUAUCGACCCUUAUGCAUUGGUUACGACACAGUUUAUAACCUACGCCCUGGUCCGCCCUUCCAGACAGGAUCUGUUCAGGCACUGGAAGGAAUUUAACCUCUCUCCUCUUGGUAACCAGAAUUUAUUGUGAGUGAUUAGCUUAAUCGCCACCGUUGGUAAAUCUACUGAUUAGUCCUAUCUCUACUAGUUUCAGCAGACUGGAUGUUCAUUCCGGUCUUUUCUUUGCUGCUUGCAUUAGUUCAUAGGCAAAACGAUCACUCACUAUACAAGGAGCACUGCGCGGAAGUGCAAGUCUGAAUUUACCACACCUCAUUUAUUAGAAUUAAGUAGUUCAUUAUUCUUCUGAAUGAGGACUUGAUAAAUUUGUUGCUGAGUUGCAAUUCAAUUCGGUUAUUUUAAAGUUUUGUUGUGCUUUCAACUAUACUACUGAUAAAAAAAUCCAAUAAUUUUGCUACUGUAUUCUUCACUCAGUCGUUAAUCAAAAGAGAGCUUACAAUUAAGAUUAUUUAAAAAGGAUUUCAUGAAACAACUAUCUAGUCGUUACCUUUUACGGUAAACAAACUACUCAUGUAUUUCGUACCCUGUUCAAACCCUACUCCAUUUUAUUUUAAUUAGUCCACCAUUAUGGUACAUGUAUAUGAUGUAGCUCAGACUUGAGUAUAUUGGUUAUAACCGGUAGACAUACAUAGAAAUUCUAUGUUUUUACUACUGUACGUUGAGAGGAGUUCAUUAGGAGGAGAUAAUUCAAAUGAAAAAUAAAUGAAGAAAAAAGCUAAGGAGGAGGAGGAGGAAUCAUUUAGCACAAUAUAGUUUUCAAGAUUUCAUAGCGAUCAAAAGUAGAUCGAAGUUGAAAAGUAUAGAUACUUUUUUUUCCAAGUUUAUAAAUCAGAAUGAAUUGGUUUAUAGAUCCAAACUCUAUUUCAUUUAUUGUUGGUUUAAGUAGUAGCCAAGAUGGCAUAACUAACUGUUAAAGAUAAAAUAUGUGACUCAAAGUUGAAUUCAUGAACGCGUAUAACGUGAUUGAAUUACUUAAAUAAACAAUAUUAACAUCUGCGAAUACACUAGAAUAGUAUAAUCAUGUAUUUUCUCGAAAAGAUAACCAAGUACCUGUUACGAAACUAAUACCAACAUACAUAAAUAUUAUUUUUAUAACUUAAUGAUUAAAAUAUCGGAUUUCCAGUCACCAGAUCAGUUCUCUGUAAUCCAUUUUGAGUAACCACAUAGUAUCAUUAACUCAUAACCAAGUAUCUGGUGUGUGAGUUUCUUAAUUUUUUCGAGAAAAAAAUUAUUUGAUGACUACUUUAAAAUACACAUCUGAACUAUAUACUCCAUCCAUUUCAAUCUACAUAAUAGACUAGUGUAUCCUGAACCUUAAACUAUAUAAUCUUGUCACUGAAUAAAUAUAUCCAAUCCUCACUUAAUCAGUUGGCAAUCAAUAUCUAUAGGUACGGUAUGUACUUUGUACCUUCGAAGUGCAAAGUACUUCUACAAGACUGGCAGAAUUAUAAUCCUGUAUUCACCCUGGAUGGUGAGCAGAUAGAAGUAGUCGAUAAGUUCGUGUACCUGGGUAGCUGCAUAAGUGCUGGUGGUGGCGUGAGUGAUGAGAUCAAUGCACGAAUAGUGAAAGCCAGAGCGGCUUAUGCCAAUCUGGGCCACCUUUGGCGCUUUCGUGAUGUUAGUCUGGCUGUAAAAGGCCGGAUCUACAACGCGUCGGUGAGAGCAGUUUUGCUCUAUGCUUGUGAAACCUGGCCUCUGCGAGUUGAGGACGUUAGACGACUCUCUGUGUUCGAUCAUCGCUGUCUCCGAAGGAUUGCUGACAUUCAGUGGCAACACCAUGUCAGUAAUGCAGAGGUUCGGCAUCGUGUGUUCGGGCACAGAGAUGAUAAUUCAAUUGGUGUCACCAUCUUGAAACACCGACUUCGGUGGCUUGGACAUGUUCUCCGAAUGUCGUCCCAGAGAAUUCCACGUCGUGCAUUAUUUGCCGACUCUGGGACUGGUUGGAAAAAACGGAGAGGUGGUCAGUGCAUGACAUGGUGUCGUGGUAUGAAAGAAAGCUGCAAAGGACUGGCUUGUGUUGGUCCUUCACGACUCCUUGGUUAGGUUCCUAGAGAUGGUGUAACACAGUGGCUAGAUAUGUUAUCAGAUAUGGCUUAGAAUAGAAGCCAGUGGGGAUCCUGCUAUAACUUUCUUUUACUUUCUUCAUAAAAAAAGUGGUUGUAACUUCUUUAACUGAAAGAAUUCUUUCCGUUUCCCCCAUCAUUGUUAUUAUUUCACUACCAUACACUAAUUUGUGGUCGUUAUUGUUCUCUUUUUUUUUCUUUUUAUACACACCGUACAUUCUUUAUCUUUUCUCAUUCUCAUUAUUAUUAUUAUUAUUAUUAUUAUUAUUAUUAUUAUUAUUAUUAUUAUUAUGUGGUGCAUAUAUAUCUGGUGCCCUCAUGUACCAAUAAUUAUGUGCUGAAAUCAAUAAAUAUGAUGGUUAAAAGUAAAAUUUCUCAAUUAGUUUAAAAGUUUUGAUUAAUAUAAAACUAUCUAUAUUGUUCGUUAUAUAUGAUAAUUGAAUUUCACACAGAAAGCUCAAGUUUACUUUUUUUUUCUCAUUGUUUUAUCCCUUUUAUUGUACUUUUAUCUGAUAUAUGUAUAUAUACUACACAGCACUCCGUCCUGUCCUACUUUUUAUGGCAGAGAAACAUAACCGGUAAGAGUAGAUGAUAUUCGUAGAUUACUAGUAUUUGAUCAUGGGUGUUUUCGAAGCAUUGCUCGUAUAUCCUGGGGCCACUGAGUAAGUAAUGCAGUUGUUAGGAAACGGGUACUAGGUAAGGAUGGCAAAUCAAUUGAUGAAGUAGUGAAACCUCAUCAGUUGAGAUGGCUGGGACACAUUUUACGUAUUCCCAACCACCAACUGCCCCGACGUGCGAUGUUUUAAUGGUGUAGAAGUAGAUUGGGGUGGCCAGACCAAAACAUGGCACAAGUCCAUGAAGUCACUGACAAGUGGACUGAGCCAUGUUGGUAGGUGUACACUACCUGGUUGGAAUCCGCGAAACGAUAGCAACCGAUGGUUAAAGACCCUGAAUGACAUGGUUCAAAAUCGUUUGCAAUGGCGCAAGUGCAUCUACUCUAUGUGUUCCCACAAAUUCUAAUCUCUUGAAUCCUCCUUGUCUCUUUUUUUCUCUUUGCAAAUUUAUUUCACUGGAUUAUACUCUUUAAAAACAUCUACAAACCCUAAUCUUUCCGAUCACUGCUUAUACUCUUACUACCUCUACCACUACGGGAUUUGAAUCGACCACUGCAUCUCUGUGCUAAUGUGGCAUGGCAACUCGAACUGAUGUACAUACACACGUACGAAGUUCUACAUUGUUGCUGACUGACAUAAAAAAUUCCAUUAACUUUUAAAUUUAUUUAUUUCUAUUUUUUUGUAGACUAUUAACUGUUUACUUCAAUUCAGUUAAUACUAUAUCUCAAGCAUAUUUUACUGUUUGUCAAUUGGAUUUAGCUACAAUGUGGCAAUUUUAUGGUUAUCCGUAAGAAUGAUAAGUUUCUAUUUGUUCAUUAAUUAAUUUUAAAAUGUUACUUUUCUAUUAGUGUAGAUGGUCAGUAGAGUUUUGGUGAAUUUUGUAGUUUACAUCACAUAUUGACUUUAGUUAGAUAAUGAUUAGAAACCAAGAGGUAUUAGAUUACUUUUUCGCCUAGGUAUGAGACUCUUCAGUGAUACAGUUCCAUGAUCACACAAUAGUUGCCAACGCGUGCGCUUAACCCUUUAGGCCACUUAGUUGGCGUCCAAUGACUUACAUUUCUAACUUUUUUUAAUCAAUUCUCAAUAUUGUGCAACUGUUAUCUAAUGUCGUUGGUUAGUUAGUCAUAAGGUUAUUGUUCAUUAUGAACUGAGAUCACUUGAAAAACUAUAAAGCAUGAUAGAGUUUAUUCAGUUUUAGUUUCAAGUUUGUCAGUAGUGUUUUCACCCCCAUAACUCUCUACUCAGGAUCUUGAACCAUUAAGCAUCUUCUUCAUGAGUAUCGUAUUUCUUUUUAUCAACUUCAUCUUUCACCGACCAAGUUCUUUUGAUGACAUAACAUAUUUACUUUUUUUUUCUUUGUCUAAUGCAUAACAUGAAUUAACAGAAAUAUGGCCACUGUAUUGAUGCAGUGUAUAAUUAAUGCAGAUUGUUUAGAACCAUGUCCUUAUUCCGAUACUGUAUUAGCUAAUGCUUUUGCAAACAUUAUAAAAGAGUUUAAUUCCAUGGGAUCAAUUGAGACAGCAUUAAAAUUAUCUAAAAUAUGUCGAUCUACAUUGUGUCGUUUUCUAAACCAAUCACCUUUGCUACAAGCUAGCAUGGAAGUUGAACUGGAGCAACAUCUAAGAUCUGGUUAUGAUUUAGCUCAAUGCGAUCGUUUGGUUAAUUCAAUAAAACUUUAUUGUCCAUGGGAAUCUGCUAUAAGGCAAGCUGAAGUUGAACAAAAACGUGGCAAUGUAUCUUAUACACAUGAUAUUCUACGUUAUAUUAUUGAUAGUGUCAUUGCAAGACGUGAUCAUGACUGUGGACUAUUACAACAAUCAGCGAAUAAUAAUAAGUUAUUACAUUCAAAUGAAUUAUGGAGUCAAACAAAACCAUUUUCCCAUAUAAUAUUGCCUACAUUUCCUGAGCAUACACCUGUUGGUGGAUUAUGUAAAUUAGCAUUGAUUGAGUUACGUGCACAUUUGGCUUUAGUAAGUACAUAUUUUUAUACAAUACACGAACUCAAGUCAUAACAUUUAAGGCAAAUCACGUUUUUUCUCAUUUGUGUUAAUACACUUUAUUUAUUUAGACACAAACAUUAAUACAAGGAGUUACCAAAUAGAUAUGCGCCACAUAAAUCAUUCGAUUUGUGCGAGAGAUGGGAUACUGCCUGGGUGCCCAAUCCGAAGCAAGUGGUUUUCUUAAUGGGGCCACACCCCCAGGCUUCUACCUAAAUGUCUGAUCCAAGAGGCAACAGAGCAACGUUAGGAGAUGCAGUCCCAUGGUAGCCGGUGACCAACAAUUUGUUUCCUCAGGAUACUGGAGAUCAAGUGCACUAUUGGUUUGGAAUGAGGGUUUUCCAACUUCCAUAGGUGGACUCUCCGUGCUCACCAAAUCGUGUAAAGCGCCGGAUAUUCGCUUUUCGUCCUCUCAGUUUCGUAAACAACACUGCGGCCACGUGAAAGUAGUGAGUAGGACUUCCCUUGCAGUGGUUGUAUCUCAUAUCCUUUCGAAAUAUUUGUAUAAGUCUGUAGUACUAUGCUAGCCCGGACAGGUCAAUCUAUUCAUUCUUCUUGGAUCACAUUUUUUUGACUUUGUCAGUUAUUCACUUAUCAACCUUCACUGUUUUUUACUUAAGCUUAUAUGUGUGCAUUUCUUAUUUUAUUCGUCACAUGUCUGUAACUUAUUUUUGUUCGACUAUAAAUAUUGAUUCACGCUUGGUUAAAUGGAAUUAGCUCAUAUUUCUUCUCCAUCGCGCGUCAUUUCAUUUCAAUUUUCUUCAUUCGUUGCGAUUCUCUGAUUUUCUAUUCAGAUCAACGAUUUUACGAAAUAAACGUAUUUGACUUGUCUAAUUCCGUUAUUCACUAACGCAAUUUAAGUUGAUAAUUAUAUACGAGGAUUGGCGAUAUGUUUAUUUCGAUACCAAUCAUUCAUACGACCUAACUAGAGUCGAGUAUAGAGUCACUAAAAUGCUGUUCAGUUACUUCGUUGUACAGACGACCAAUCAACCAGACAGUCGACUGGCUAAUCAGAGAGAAAAAUAGACUGCAUACCAUCGAUAUAACUCACUUUCUAUAUAGCAUAGUACUCAACAAUUUGGAAGAAAUUCAAUUCUUAUCUCCUAUCAACUUUCAAGGCAGCGGAAAUCGAUUGUUGUAAUAUUUGAUACGAAACAUAUGUAUUGUAAAUUCUCAUAUUACUGUCUAAUUCCUAUGAAGUUCUAUUACCUAAGCUCUUUGCUAUUCUCUACAUAUCGAACAUUUUAUACUUUAUUUAUUAAAUAUCUAUCGUCCAAACAUUGAGUUUCCACCUAGAUCAAUUUAAACAGUAGGAUGUAAUAUCAUCACCUUUUACAUAGACAUAAAAAUGUGGUUCAGAGUUCAAAGCACACGAGUCUGUAUCCAGUAAAUGAUUUCGAUUAUUGACUGACGUUAACUGGGUAGCUGUCCUAUAUACUAGUUUGAAAUUUUUUUUAGGUCGCACAGUUGACCUCAUGAUCCAUGGAGUAAAAUCGAACCCAGAACUUGCAUUCCUCAUAGCCAGCACGAUGCUUCCUAGAUGGUUUUCGUCUUAACUCAAUAAUUUAUAUUUUUUUAUGUUGUUGUAGAGAAACUUUACAAAAUGAAUAUGAAACUACUUCAUUCUCUGUAAAUAUGACAGCGAUGUGAUCACUUAAACUGUUUCGUAUAUGUACCAGGUUCUAUGUUGCUUAUAACUUACGCCUGUUACUCCUCGUGGAGAACCAUAGGCCGCCCACCAGCAUUCUCCAUCCAAUCCUGUCCCAAGUAAUCCUUUCCAACUCUUUCCAGUUGUUAUUCAUCCUUGUCAUAUCUGCUUCUAUUUCCCGACGUAAUGUGUUCUUUGACCUUCCUCUUUUCUGCUUCCCUUCAGGAUUCCAAGUUAGCGCUUGCCUCGUAAUGCAGUUUAAUGAUGUGCGUAAUGUAUGUCCUAUCCCUUUCCGUCGUUUUUUCCUAAUUGUUUCUUCAUCUGAAAGUUAGUUUGUUCUCUCCCACAGAAGUCUGUUGCUGACGGUAUCUGGUCAAUGAAUGUUGAGUAUCUUGCGUAGACAAUUUAUUAUGAAUACUUGUACCUUCUUGAUGAUGGUUGUAGUAGUUCUCCACAUUUCAGCUCCAUACAGUAGAACUGUCUUGAUGUUCGUAUUGAAGAUUUCUGACUUUGAUAUUGGUUGAUAGACAGUUGUUUUGAGUUCCAUAUAUUGUUCAAUUGUAGGACUUUAUUUAUAGCUAAAAUAUAAUAAUUAAUCCUGUUGUUAAGUUUGCCUUACAUUGUUCGUACUCGCUCCUUUUUCACUCCUUUGUAUAUUGUGUUAUACUAUCUAUCUACAUUCAGUAAGCAGUUGUAUUCCCAACAAUUCUUACAGUUGUGUUGUAACGCAAGUUGGAGUGUAAUAUUCUGAAUUGUUCACAUAUACUUAUAACGUUUAUUGUACUUAUCAUUAUAAUCACUGUAGCGGUUAUCCACAGUUUUGUGCAUUUGUUUAAACGCAACAGUUUCCAUAUUGUUUUGCUCUUGGUUCGGGUUUCGGUUGCUCAUAAACUGUUAUCAAAUUUAGACAUAGCUAUCAGCUGUCCUUUGUACUAUCGUAUGUUAUAAUUAUUCUUUAUGUUACUGUUACAGGAAACCUUUUUAUUUUCAUACUUGAAGGACGGGUUUAAACGCCCCAGACACCUCACAAGUUAAGAUUUGUAACUAAAUUUUGUGUAUUAUUCAAUGAAGAACCGGCUAUUGUAGACAAAUCGUUGUUUUGGAAACUUCGGUUUCGCGCAUAUCUCAAUCGGAUGACUUGGACGCUUCGAUAGAUAUAAACACCUGUCAAUACUGGAGUCUAAUAAUAUUCAAUAAAAUUUGAGCAUUAUCAUGGUUACUGCAAUAUUUUUUUAGUCAGUUAGUUGGUCUUUUUAAUGUUUUAUAAUAAUAAUAAUAAACACCAUUUCUUGUUCUUUUAUAUCACAAUCUCUUACAUUUGGCCAGAUUGAAUUGUUGAUUACAUUGAAGCUUUAUGUAUAUGCUUUCAACGAGAUUGAUAUCACAUUAAAAUUAUGUAAACAUUAUCGAUUAAGUUUAGGUAUAGAAAUGAUCAAAUUAUUACAAUGUGCUAUCCAUUUAUCCAUGAAUAAUAACAAUAUGAUGAUGAAUACUAAUCCUACUAAUGAUUUUAAUGAUAACAAGAAUACUAAAAUUGAUCAUAUUGAUAUUGAUCCAACCUCUCUAUGGAUUAAUGGAUUAAAACAAACAAAUUCCAAUGUCAUAUUUGAAUUGAAUAAUAGUUUAGAAGAGAUAUUACAUCGUACAGAUCAAUUAACAAAAUAUCGUUGUCAAGUAUUUUUGAGUCGUACACGACUAUUAAUUGAUAUCAAUGAGAAUAAUCAUUCAUUUAUUCAAAUGCAUAUGUCAGAACUCUUAAAAGCACUCAACUAUUAUCGACAAUUAGACGAUAGAAAACGUAUACUUGAUAUUCUAGUAUUAAUGGCAGCAGCAUUGAACUCAGUCAAUGAAUAUGUGAAACGAAAUGAAGUGUCCAAAUCAUUUCACAUAUUACGUGAACAUUUUGGUUUUAAAAGUUUACCUUCAAAACGUUUUAUUGUUGAUAUUUUAUAAACAAGAUGUAUUUUCAUAAAUAAAUGUUGAAUAUUUUUUUGGUUGGCGUUUUUCUACGGGAUGGGGUCGCUAACCCUAUGCUCAGCCUUUCUCCUUUAUCCGGGCUUGGGACUGGCAGUAGCCCCUGGAUGGAGGGGACUCCAGGCGAUAAUAAAUGUUAUAUAUAUACAUAAUAUUCAAAUGUGUUUAAUCACAAUAUUCUUUAUUCUGGUCAGUCCAUUUUAACCAACAAAAUUUGAACAUGUUUAUGAUAUCUGCUUUAGAAUGUUUUUAGUCUGAGUGGAUCUUGAAAUGUAGUAGUAUUCGAUUUACAGAAUUUAUACUGAAAUAACUAUACUUGACACUUAGAUUACAUUUAAAAAUCAAUUCCAUAAAAUGAUAUUAAAUUGUAAAAUAACUUAGGUUUUAUAGAAGAAUUUCGUCGUCAUUAAGUUGUCAUCACCUUACAAUACAAUGAAAAAUCA